AUGAAGCAAGACUCGUCAGUGAACGACACACGUCUCCAAUGGGCCAAACGAAACCGAUUAGGUUUAGCAGCUACUGCAUUCGACGUUGGCGUCGCCUCUGUGAUCACAUCAGGUCUUAACAAGGUCACCGGGAAACGGUUGGGAGCGGGGGUGGGUGGUGGAGAGGCUGGUGUUACGGGAAAGGAUGGAGAGGCUGGUGUUACGGGAAAGGGUGGAGAGGCUGGUAUUACGGGAAAGGAUGGAGAGGCUGGUGUUACGGGAAAGGGUGGAGAGGCUGGUGUUACGGGAAAGGGUGGAGAGGCUGGUGUUACGGGAAAGGAUGGAGAGGCUGGUGUUACGGGAAAGGGUGAAGAGGCUGGUGUUACGGGAAAGGGUGGAGAGGCUGGUGUUACGGGAAAGGGUGGAGAGGCUGGUGUUACGGGAAAGGGUGGAGGAGCAGGUGUUACGGGAAAGGAUGGAAGAGCUGCAGUUAUGGGAAAAGGUGGAAGGGCUGGUGUUUCAAUGUAUUGCUCUAAACUGUCCGCUUGA